AUGUUGAGCUUCAUAAAGGGCGAUACCAACAAGGAUGAAGUGGAGCUUCACUUCACAGAACUAAGUAUGAUGACGAAGAGCGACGAGAAAGGAAAACCUGGUCGUUUUUUGAGUGGCGGUACCGCCUCACCUGAAAAAGAAUCAGUUUCUGAAGACACGGUUCACCUUGUGCUAGAGGAAGCCCAUCUUUCCCAGAUGGCAUCCUCUGAGUGGACGGACGACACCGACAGAAUGACGCCGUCGUCGAGGAUGGGAGUGAGGGAAACAGACAUUCUCAGUGACGACUCCGUCAUUACAGAGAUCGAUCGGUCCAUACUGGACAACGUCGAAGGAUCGUUCACGUUCUUCCGGGCACAGGCUAAAAAAGCCUUGAUGGCAAUCGUCUUUCCGGAUGUGAGAAUGUUCGCAAGUGCACGAAUCGCUGACAACACAUUCGACGUGGAGAUUCAUCAAGAGAGCCGGAGAGCCUGGCUCUCUUUCGAAGAUGUGGAUGGUGAGAGCCGUACCGGCAUCACUGUGUCGUCGUUCGCAGAAGUUUACACGACGGCAUCUACGCUUCUCCUCGAGGAAAUCCCAUGGGGCGAGGUGGAGAUGACUCUUCCUGAAUGCGAUAUCAUGGGUAAGAGCGUAGAAGAUGAGUCAAAGACGUCUGUUCAAUUCAACGUCACCGUGUCAGAGACGAACCCUGACGAGAGGAAGUCUCUGCGUUCCCAAGCCUCGCUGGAGCAAUCCCAAAACACCAUAUCUGAGAUAGAUAACACCAUAAGCAACGGUAGCAUCAACAUACCGAGCUAUGUGAUCAAACUGGGAUCAACCGCAACUAUUACUUGCGAGCUGAACAAUUACCUACCGCCGAACAGCAAAAUAGACUGGUAUAAGGGCACGUCACAGGUGACGACCUGCCCUGGGAAGCUGGACAGAAUCAGCCACGAUCUUCUUGAAGUGCUGAUCAUAAACAAUAUUGAAAUGGAGGACAACGAGCUGUACAGCCUGAAGGUUAACGAUGACAUCUUCCCGGUGGCCUAUUUGAUUGUGGAAGCGCCAUCAACAGAGGAUAUUGGCGCGACCAUUCUCACUCCUCCCCAAACUCAGUUCGUCAUGGAAGGACAGCCGACGGUGCUGAUGUGCCAAGCCAGCUUUGUGUUGCAUGGCAUGUUUCGUUUAGAGCGUAUCGACGAGAAAGAGGUGACGGUGGUCGCGUCGGGCACGGAGAGUGAGGACGAGGACGUGCAGGAGUACUUGAUGCCACCGGGCAGCACCGCCACGAUCGCUUGUGAACUGGAAGACGGUGACCACGUGCCCAGUCUUGUGUGGCUGAAGAACGGUCAGGAAAUCGCGUUCAACAAUCCCAACAAGAUGGAGCAUGUGGUCAACGGCCUCAAGCAUUAUUUGGUUAUUCAUGACACUUCUCCUAAAGACACUGGACUCUACAGUGUGUCCAUUUCGAACACAGAGUUCAGAGUGGCGCAUUUGGCUGUGAAUGACCUGGCCACAAUGUCUCAAAACCUCCGGCGAAAACGUAUCUCAAAUAGUUCAUUGCACUGA